AUGCGUGACUGUAAUCUCAGCACUCAGCAUGUGGAGGCAGGAGGACCAAGAACUGAAGGGCCCCCGGCCCCCCGGGGCCUGCCCCCGGGGCCUGCUGGGAAGCCAGCGGAGCCUACAGAUGUGCCUGCGGUGGAUUCCGGAGGAGCGGAGCCCCAGGAAAAGGCGCCUGGGAGCAGUUUCAAUAGUGAUUCAAAGACUGGUGAUGAAAAUAAUGUUGAAGAGUCCAGCAAAUCAUCCAAUACUGUUUCACAGAGAAGAAAGCGAUUGUCAAGCACUUCUAGUCUUGCUAAGCCUACUGUCAGUGUUCCUUCACAGUGUCAUCCCAUAUCUACAGUUAAUCACGAUGCUCCACAGCCAAACCCUACUCCAGCUAAAGAGAAACAGCCUUGUUCAGAUAGAUACCGAAUAUAUAAAGCCCGGAAACUGAGAGAAAUGUUGAAAGAAGAAUUGAGAAAAGAGAAGAAACAAUGGAAAAACAAAUUUGCUACAAAUGAAAGCCAGAGGCCACCAGAUCGUUCAAAAAUGACUAUGAGAGACUUUAUAUAUUACCUGCCAGAUAACAAUCCAAUGACUUCUUCAGUGGAACAAGAAAAGAAAACCGAAAAGUCCUUGGCUCCCACCCUGACAAGAGAUCGGCAAGAAAAUCAGAGCACUCAGGACGCUGACGAUAAUGAAGAAGUGGAAGAGGAGGCAGAUGAUGGGCCAUUGCUGGUUCCUCGAGUAAAAGUGGCAGAAGAUGGUUCCAUUAUUUUAGAUGAAGAAAGUCUAACUGUGGAAGUUUUGAGAACAAAAGGCCCCUGUGUUGUCGAGGAAAAUGAUCCUAUAUUUGAGCGAGGCUCAACAACUACUUAUUCCAGCUUCAGGAAAAACUAUUACUCAAAACCUUGGUCAAAUAAAGAAACAGAUAUGUUUUUCUUAGCCAUCAGCAUGGUAGGAACUGACUUUUCUAUGAUUGGACAACUUUUUCCUCACAGAGCAAGGAUAGAAAUUAAGAAUAAAUUUAAACGUGAAGAAAAAACAAAUGGAUGGAGAAUAGACAAAGCAUUCCAGGAAAAACGCCCUUUUGACUUCGAUUUUUUUGCUCAUUUGCUUCAGAAAGUUCUUGCUGAAGAAGAAAAAAGAAAACAAAAAUCUAAUAAAUGUCAGAGUUCAAAAGAAAAGACCUCCAAGCCACGGAAAAAUGUAAAAGCAAAAAAGGUAACUAAUGAAGAAGUGAAUGAUGAUCCAGAUGAGUCUGUAAAUAGUAACGUUUCAGACCCAGAAAGAUCUCAAAAGAGUGCUCAGACAGUUGCUGAAGAAUCACCAACUUCGUCAGGCCAGGAGUUAGAACAAGCCAUGGUAGAGCAAGACCAAAAUCAAGAGAAGAGGAGGAGGAGGAGGAGGAGGAAGAACCAAGAUGAAGCUGAUAAACAGGAAGCAACAAAUCCUUUAGGAAAUGUCCAUGUUGAGUCAACUCCUCCUGUAGCAGAAAUACACAAGAAUACAUGUCCUUCUGAGGAAAAUGAAGGUGAAUGCAAUAAGGAACAGAUACCUUCCUUCCCACAGAACAUAGAUGAUGUCACAGGGUUAGCAUCCAAUGAAAAGAUGGAGAUGAGAACUGAUUCCGUUACUUUUACAUGUGAUCAACAGGACAUCAUGCCACUAGCAAGUGAGUCCUUAGAGUCAAGUGGUUCAGAUUUUCCUGUGUCAGAAGUUGGGGGUGCUGCCUCUUGUGAAUUAAAUAAUGCUGGAAGUACUUGUAUGGAAGAAAGAAAUACUGACCUCAAGAAUAAACCACCAGAGACUGAACAAACAGAAACUGUUAAACCAAAAUCAAGAAGUCGACUCCAGAGACCUAAACCUAAUCUGUCAAGGGCAGUUGGGAAAAAAUCAGUUGUUCCACAAGAUAAGCAAGAUGAAAGGAACAAGAAUUCACCUUCGGAAACUUCAUCUGAAAAGAAUCAUGUGGAAAAGGAGAGAAUGAAUAUAUCUGAAAAUUCUGGGACAGAGAAUAUAGAAAGAGAGAACCUAGGUGCUGAAACUGUGUCUGAUUUGAGCGAAAAAUCUUAUAUACCAGAAGAUGGUCAACCAAAGGUCUUAAGACCUGCACGACUAAUGAGGGGCCGAAUGCAAAGACCAAGGCCAAAUAUACAGAAAGCUGCAGAAAGAAAAGAGAGUCCUACACCACAGAAAGAAAUUGGGGCCCAUGUAGAGAAGAAUGAAGAUGAAUCUGGUGUUGAUAGAGAAAAAAAUGAAACCUGUGUUGUGAUUCCUCAACAAAUGGAAAAUGAGUCACUUAAAAACCUCCAAUGUGAAGAAGAUGUCAUAUCACAGCCUGAAAAAAAGGGUCCUUUUGAAAAUGUGCAGUCUGAUGAGGUCAAGUUUCUUGAUGAAUGUCCAAGUAUUCAAGAGGGCAGUAAAGCAAAUAAACUGAAACAAGCUCCAGUUCUAAGGACUCGAUUUCAGAGACCAAAACCAAAACCAAAUACAGGAAGAAAAAGAAUGGCCUCCAGAGGAGGGGUACCAGAGGAGAUUCCUGUUUCCAGAGAAAUAACGGCAACUUUGGAAGAAACUACAAGACCAGACACUUCACCAAGGGAGAAGAUUCCAAAUGUAACUAUUGCUACUCCUUCCACUAAGGAAUUGGAAUCAGAUUUAAAAGAUACUGGAAGAAAUGACAUAUCUUCUAAUAUGAAGGUGUCAGAAAUGACGGAUGUCACUAUGGAAAUGGAGAUAGGUUUGGAAACAUUUGGAAGAGAUAUUUCACCAGGGGAUAUGGGAGGAGAAAUGAUUGACAUCCCUAUGGAAACAGAGACAGGUGUAAAUGAGAUUUCUCCUAUGGAGAAGGUGCCAGAGCUGAUUGAUACCACAGAGGAAAUUUGUACAAAUUUGGAAGAAACUGGAAGAGGAGAAAUCUUUCCACAGGAAAAUGGCCCCAAGGAGGUCAGUCCAAUUAGUGAAACAGAGACGAACUUGCAAGAAACUGGAAAAGAGUUGCCCACAAAAGACAGGACACCAGAUAUGAUUGAUAGCAAUGAAAAAGGGGAUGCACAUUCAGAAGAAACUGAAAGACAAGAAAUAUCUGCACCAGUAAAAGAGGCAGAGGAGGCCAGAACCAUGGGUGAAAUGGAAACAGAAACCAUGGGUGAAAUGGAAAGAGAUUGGAGAGAAACUUCCCAAAGAGAAAACACAGUGGUUGCUCCAUCGGAGCAGCUGGUUAGUGAGGUGGACAUAAGCAGCAGCACAUGCAGAGAAAAGGUGGGAGUGGAGUGGAGUGCUGUGGAAGAAAAGGAGCUGGACCUGAAGGGAACUGGAGAAAGAGACUUUUCUGUGAUGGCCAUGGACUCAGGAGAGAGGACUACCAGUGAGGAGGAAACUAACGAAAAUUUGAAGCAAACAGGAGAGAUUUCUGUCUCUUGGGAGAGAGGGUGUGGAGAGAUCAUUGUUGGGGAGGAAAUGGUAGCAGACUUAGAAAAAACAGAAAAAGUAAAUGUUUUUCCAAGAGACUGUGAACCAGAGGAGCAUAUCUCAAGGCAGCUCUCGGCAGAUGUAAUUCAGAGCAGCAGUGACGACAGUAUCCCUGGACCUUCACUGGAUAGAAAAAAUAUUAGCAAUAAAACAUCAGUGAUGUCUGCAUUUGUGGAAGAAAAAGAAAACGCUGACAAGGAAGUAUCAAGUCACUUAAGUCAUACGGAGUAUUCUUCACAGAAUUCUGAACAACAUGAGAUAGAUCCAGGGAUACAACUUCCAGAUGUCCUAGAGCAGUUUUCAGAUACCAGCUUAAGCAAAUCUCUUCCUCAAGAACAGAAGCCACUUGAAGUUAAACCAGCUCCUUUUCUGAGAAGCCGAUUCAAAAAACCAAAACCAAACUUGUCAAGAGCAGCUUUAAAGAGAGCAACCACAGAAGCAGAACAUUGUGUACCUGGGAAGAAAUCAGAAGCAGAUAAAAUGGUGACCAUCAUGUUACAGCAGGACAGCAAGCAAGCUGAUUCUCCCUCUUCUAAACAUGUACCUUCCCUAAUGGCACCAAGAGAAAACGAUAACUCAGGUCCCCAGGAGGAGGCUGUGAUACUGCCAUGCAUACAGACUGAAAAGAAUUCUUCACUGUCCAAUUCAUGUGAACCUAAAGAGGAUUCUCAGUUAACACAUAACCAGGAGAAAGAGAAUGGAUUAGUUGUUCCUAUCGGGACUCAGAAGGUGAACGUAGUCACACAGGAAACAAAGCAAAAUGUCCAAAUUACUCUACCAGUGAGAGGUCGACUUCAAAGACCAAGACCAAAUGUACAAAAGGCCAGACAAAGACAAGUAGUAGAAAAAGGUGAAGCUGAAGGCAUAACUAAGAAUGAAGGAUCAGAACUGCCAAAAGAUGAAGCAAAAACAUCCCUGGCGAUGGUGAACUCUCACAUUGAAAGUGAAGUUAAAGUUGUAUCCUUUGGAGUUUCAGAGUACAGCGUGAAUGAGAGUCACAGCCAUGUAGUUCCUGUAGAAAACUUAAAUAUUAACAAAACUAGUAUUUUAGAUGAACAGAUAAGGCCUGAAAAUAAACCUCAUGUGCCUAGUCCAGCACAGUUGAUAAGACGGAGAUUCCAAAGGGUUAAACCAAAUUUAGGAGGAGCACACCAUAAAAAAGAACAACCAGGUAUAGAAAAAGACACAACAGAUCAGAGGACAGCCCCAGAACCAGAGGACCGUGUGCUGCCAAAGGGAGACUUGGACAUCCAGCUUUCUCUAAACGAAAAGACAGAGAUUCUGACACCUCUGGAGGUUUCAGAACGAACAGACUGUGUAGUUCCUGAAGAGUCAGGUUCUGACAGAAAUGAUGCUCAGCUGAAAGCUGCACCAGCAGGAGGUGCUAGGGAUGAGACUGUGGAAGACCAUCCUACAUCGUCUUUGGUGCUUGAAGAGCACGGUCUCAGUAAACAAAUUAGCUAUCCACAACUAUUGAAAGAAUCAAAUUAUUCCAAAACUGCUCCGCAUCGAAGAACACCUCUGUCUUCUGCCUCUGAGUGUGAGAUAGAUCACAGUGGGAAAAGAGCACAUAGGAAGAUGAAACCAAGUGUGACCAAAGGGCGUGGAUCGAAACGAAUUCGAGGUAAGACUGCUAAGAAGGAACCUAGAGCUGCCAAGUCUGUGUUGGUGACUCUUCGGGCUUCUCAGAAAGAGGAUGAAGAUGAUGCUGAGGAUUUUGAUUCUGACUAUGAGGAAGAAACCUGUCAUCUUGCCCCAGAAGAAUUAAACAAAGCACCCGUGUUUGUACCUGUUGGUCUCAGAUCCCCUGAACCAGUGUCUGCUCAGAUCGAGGAAACAAUGGAAGAGCUUGAAAUAACCAUGGAUGUUACAGACAUGGGAUGUGUAACUGUUGUUGAACAUCAGCUUUCAAACAUGGAUGCAACAACUCAGGAUGUGCAACCAGGAAAAGAUUUGCAUUCAUCAUCAUUUGAAAUGGUCAUGAGUGAACAGACCCAAGAAGAACCAGGUCCCAGUGAUGGAAGCACGGAAGCUGCCAUAACCUUACUUGCAAUGGGAGACAUAGUAUUGCAGUCAGAGAUCAUCACUGAACAGGGUGAUGUAGGAGUAUGUGUAUUUCCUGAUGUUCAUUCAAAGGAUAAAAGUCAUGUUCCUUUUAGCCCAGAUAAUGUAAAUCACAAAAUUGUUCAUGAUUAUCAGGAAGUUUCUUCACCUGUCAUUAGUAUAUCGCCUGCAUCACUUGAGGAAAACAAGAUUGUAUCCAAGGAACAAAGUGCUAGAGAAGAAGCUGAUAUGAUGGAAGAAGUGAUGGAGAACACUGUGUCAACCAGGAAUAUAGAGCCUACUGAACAUUUGAGAAUGGAGAGUCAUUUUAUUUUACCUGAACCAAAUUCUGAGAAGAUCUUAGGGAUCUGUGGGAUUGAUGGUCAUCAGGAAGUUGCCAGUGUUUGUGUUACCAAAGGGACAGAAUUGGAAAUUCAAAGAGAAACUGAGGAAAAUGAUUCCAAAGCAAUAGAAUUAGAAGAUAAAAGCCUUGAGCAAACAGAGACUGAGGAGCAGCACCAGUUGCCAUAUGUGCAUGAUGUUGAAGGGGCCACUGUUUCUCAAGAAGCAAUCCUUAGUGCAAGAAGUGAAGAUCAAGAGGCGAACUUGCAAGAGGUUCAGAUGUCAGCUGCUGCAGUUGCUUCAUCUGAGAUUGGGCCACACAUACUUGAUUCAGGUCAGGGUCUUGGUGAGAGUCCUGCUGAAGAGCCCCUCAAAGAAAACUCUAAAGGCAGCAGCAUGCUCAUGCUUCAGGUGCCAGAGCAGAUUGUACCGGCUAAUAUUCCUGAAGUCCAACAAGAAAACAUGAUCGGUUCUCAAGAUGUAACAGUGAAUCUAUUUACUAAUCUACAGCAAGAUGGAGAAGAUGAACAAGCAUUCAUUUUAACUUUGGUGGAAAUCCCAACUAAUGCAACAGAAGGAUUCACUGAUGCCUCCAUGCAGUUAAUGCCAAGUGCUCUACUGCCUGCACCUAUAUUGGUGAAAUCUGGGAACACAGUAGAAAGAGGUGACCUGAGUGGGAGUUCACAAGCAACUUCAGUUGUUGAAGAUGCCAUAUGCUUAUCUUCUGGAAAUAGUGAUUCUGAAAAGCUUCCUGCUAAGUUGGACACUAUAUCUAGGAAAAGAUUUCAUUGUAGUCCUGAUGAAAACAUUCCUUUACCUCCUGCCAAAAAAUCUGCAGUUACUCCGGCAAUUGAUUGUCAAGAAUGUGCCUCUGAGGUAUGUUCAAAGGAAUUCAAUGUUUUUGAGAAAACAGAGUCUUGUGUGGGACAAGGCAUUUUUCCUACCUCAGAGAGUACACACACAACCCCCCAACCUCAAAAGGAACACAAUGAACCAACUUUUCAGAAUGCAGGAACGAGAUCUCCUAAUGAAAUAAAAGAUGCAUGUGUGGAAAAGACUAUGACUCAGUUGCCUCAGGAUGAGAUGGUCUCUGAUAAAGAAGAGAAAACUGGUCCUGUUUCCAGUUCUGAACAAAGGGAUAGCAUGACGUCAUCUUCAAAACCCCCUCUGACCAGACCUGGCAGAAGACCUUUGGGAUUUUUGUCUUUAAUAUGUCCCAAAAAUAGUUUGGACUCUGAUGAAGUGACUCAAAUCCAUAGUAAGAAACGCCUAAAACCUCAUAUUCCUGUAUCACGACGAAAUUUGAAAAAAUCUAAUGUAGUUACUGCAAACCAGAAAAAAAAUGAAUCUUCUGAUCCUCUCCCAUCUCCAAGUGUUACUGACACUCAGUCUGAUAAUCCUGGAACUUCAGCAUCUCAGGUUUCUUCUGAUCAGCCACUGCUAAAAGAAAAAUGUAAAAAUGGGCCAAAAAGGGCAUCUGAAGAGGAGGCUACCACAGUCUCAGAGUUUGUCUUCAAUGACAUCUUCAUUGAAGUGGAUGAAACAGAAUAAAGCACUCUUCUGGAUUUUCCUUUCUUCAUCUAUUUUUGUAGUAAUUUUGAGACUUUGAGAAUCCCUGAUGUUAAUAAGCAGUGUUUAGAAGAGCACCACUGCCUGUUUUUAUCUAGGUCAAUUUGAAUAUUUAUUGAGCUUAAUUUGCAACUUUUAUAAUCAGUGGAAAACAUUUCAUUCUGAAAUACCAAGCAAUUAAGACUGUUCUCUCUGACAGACAUCUUAACUUGUUUACAUUUGAUUCACCCUGUGCUGAGCACACGUGGACUUGUGGACUGUGUGGGCCCACAUCUGUAUAAAUCAUAGUGCUGACAUACUUGGAGCCUGAUUGUAUCUAACAUUAGUGACCUUCUUUUGUAAAGGUGGUUGUUUGUUUUUGUUUUGAGGGUGAUGAAAGUCUGUUCAAUUGCCUGUAAGUGUAUGAAAGCAAAUUGUGAAACUCCACUUUGUAUGGUAAAGCUAAAACUUCUAUUUUCAGCCAUUUGACUGAAAAAAAAUGUGUAUUUUUCUAAUUCAUGGUGAUGUAGCAUUAGUUCUAAUUGAAGAUCUAGUAUUUAAACUUGCUAUUUAUAAAGAGGGAACAUCAAAGAGAUUAUUUAUUUUUAAAUUUUUUAUUUAAAAGUAUAUCCCCAUUUAAUUAUUUUCACUUACCAGAUUUGGGCAAAGAAAGCAUUAACAAAUAAUUUGUCUCCUUUUCCUCUUUACUUUUAAUGCUAUUUUAAAAUGUCGUAACUAAAAUGUUUAGGUAGUGUCUAUAUUCUGAAUACUUUCUCAUACUUUAGUAUAUUGAAUUUGUACUGUGAAUUUUUUUUUGCUUUUCUUAUUUCUUCUAUUAUCUCAGGACUUUCAUUGGAAGAAAAAAGUUAACAUAGGAGACAUUGUCGUGUAAAACAAUCUUCUACACAAACACAUGUACACACACACACACACACACACACACACACACACACACUCACUCCUUUAAAAAUCAAAACAAAACAAAACAAAAAACCAGUGAUAGAUCCCCCCCCACACACUAAAUUUUGCUCACAGGAUGUGGAGGCCUUUAAACCCAGAACAUGAUUCUGAUGCUAAAGUAGAAAAUAUGACAGUACAACUUUGCAAAGCUGUACUUGUCAUCAUUAUGGACUUAAGUGUUUUUAGCUUUGAGACUUUAGUCAUUUAUAUCAGUGUCUUAUUUCUCCUAGCAGAUUUUCCUUGUUUCAUAUUAAACUCCUCAAAGAACUCAUAGCUGAGUAGUUAGAAACUUUUUCCACAAGAUAUUUUUUUUGGAACUGUAGACCGAGGAGUCCUAGUGGCAGCUUCACAGUCCGUCUGGUUUAUAUGAGUACAAGGAAGUGCUGAGUGAGGGGCAGGGUUGCCUGGGCUUUUAUGUAGGCCCCGCACAUUAGGCUACAGUUUUCCUUUUUUCCCCUUUAAGACAGGGUUUCACGUCCCAGACUGGCCUUGAACUUUGUAGAUGGUGUUCUUCAGCAUUCAUCCUCCAGUCUUGACUCUCAGGGCUGGGAUUACAGGAGUGCACCACCAUGCCCAUUUUUAUGCUGUGCUGGAGUAGAACCCACGGCUUCCCGAAUGCUAGGCAAGUGCUCUACCAACUGAGCUGACCCAGACCUGGACUGCAGUGGUUUUGUCUGUAGGUGCCGAAGUCUGUAUUUAGGAGUUAUUUGUCAUAGAAGUUGCAAAAUGUGCCUAAGUGAAAGAAACUGUUGAGUGUAUUAUGAAAUGAUCAAUACUUCAAUUGGAAAAAUCUUUUCACCUCUAGGGAAGUUUCAUCUUUGUAUAUUGAUAAAAUGGUGACCAGUUUUUAAGUUUCUAAACUAAAGAGGCUUACUCAAUGAGUCUAGAGUGAUGCUAAUUCAUUGACACUUACUGUGAGCAUGUUUCUCAUUCUGUGGCUUAGAGUAAUUUAUGAUUUAAUGUCUUUGUUAUAAAGGAAGAUCUAUAAGUUAGAUGGAAAUUCUCAAAGUAUGCAUCUAUUUCAUGUGAUUAAUGUCACAAAAUCAUGGGGUAAUUUGAAUUGUUAUUUCAGUGUUGCUUUUGUAAAUUUAAAAAUUUCAUAUUUUGUAAAGGUUUUUUCUUACUGUUAACUUCAGUUAGAUCACCGCAACUAAACUAUUAUUUAUCCCUGUAUAAUAUUUAUUUUUUUAACAUCUGUCUCUUGUGUGUAAUAAACUGAUUUUAUGAAAGAUGUAAUUUAUUGUAUAAAGAGUACAAGGGCGUUCAUUGUAUAGAGAAUCAAGUCAAGUCAACAAAUUGUCCUGCUGUUGCAGCCUCAAAGCAGGUGUUGGGAAAAGAAACAUGAUCAGUGUUCUUAGCUUAAAGGGGGAAAGAUCUGCGAUGGUGUAAAGAUGUUGCCAGGAAUUUGUUGUAUAGAUCUUCAAGGAGAUGUAUUAAAGGUCUGUACCUUUUCCUGACUUUUUCCUCCUGAUUACUUACAUCUUAAUAGGUUACCAGGCGUGGUUUAAAAGUCCAUGUUGAUAAAUGAUUAAGGCAUAGAUAAAAAAUUAACAUCCACUGUUUACUACCACAUUAUUCUAAAUGCAAGUGACCAUGUAUACUGCCAUGCUUGAAGGAGUUUUUGAUAAAAGAAGCAAUAUCUGUCAUUUGUAAAUUUUCUUGUUCUAAAGAAAGCAGUUCUAUGUUCUGUAAAUAAAAAUUAUGUAAAUAAAAGUUAUUUUAUAUCAUU